GAGACCAGGCUUCAAAGCCCUUCUUGGCUGUGGAAACCCACUGAGUGAUCUCGGGCAAGUAUACUCAUUCAGCCUCAGAAGAAGGCAUAGGCACCUGAAGAAGUCUUGUGAAUGAAACCCUGUGGUAGGUUCUCCUUAGGAUCAGCAUAAGUUGGAAAUGACUUGAUGGCACAUGACAACAAGAGCAAAAGGUGCAGGAAUGUGGGAGAUUGAAACAACAUGGCCAUUCAUUUGGGGUGAAGAGAAUCCAAUGUCAUUGGGAGGUAGACAGAUUUCCUCUAUUUGAUUUCUGGGAGAGAUUUGUCAAAUGAUGAACAGAAAUAAGAGUAGUAGGUUUCAAAGUUGUAGUUGAAAAAGGAAGAGUCAAAGUAUGCAAAUCAACCAGGAAAAUAGAAGAGGGAACUAUCUUCUAGAACGUCUUAAAACGUAGAUGUGGUUAAACACUGGAUAUAUAUUUGUGGAAAGAAAUUGGGUGCAGUACAAGGAAGAGGACAAAAUGAGCAAAUAUAUAUAGGCAACGUUUUGCAUAGGCUGCAUCUGCACUGCAGAAAUAAUCCAGUUUGACACCACUUUAGCUGCCAUCACUCACUGCUAUGGAAUUCUAGGAACUGUAGUUUUGUGAAACAUGUAGUCUUCUCUGUCAGAACUCUGGUGCCACAACAAAGUACAAUUCCCAGAAUUCCAUAGCACUGAGCCAUGGUGUCAGACUGGAUUAUUUAUGCAAUGCUGAUGAAGUAGAGUCACAGUAAGAUGUGCAGAAAAUAUCUAGUCAGGAUAAGGAAAGGAAAGAAAUAACAAGUAAAUAAACAUAGGGAUUUAAAAUUAAGAGGCACAUAAUGGGAAUAGCAAAAAGAUGAUAAAGCAGACCAAAGAGAUUGGUGCAAAACAUACUGCAGAAAUAAACAAGUUUGGGACUGCUUUAACUGCCCUGGCUCAAGGCUGGGAAAUUCUUAGAAGUGUAGUUUUGUGAGACAUUCAGCCUUCUUUGUCAGAAAGCUCUGGUGCCACAAUAAACUACAAUUUCCAGGAUUCCUACCACUGAGCCAGGGCAGUUAAAGUGGUCUCAAACUGGAUGAUUUCUGCAGUGUGUUUUGGAUCUUAGAGUUGCCUGUCCUCUUCCAAAAAUAUAUCUCUGUCAUACUCUUUAUGCUGUAAUGAAAUGGUUUGGGUAUGGCCUUGAUUAAUCCAUUUGUACUGUCUUAUUUCUUGGCAGACCAACUCCUAUGUAUCCACCAACAUACCUGGAGCCUGGAAUUGGGAGGCACACACCAUAUGGCAACCAGACCGACUACAGAAUAUUUGAGCUCAAUAAGCGGCUGCAAAACUGGACAGAGGAAUGUGACAAUCUGUGGUGGGAUGCUUUCACCACUGAGUUCUUUGAGGAUGAUGCCAUGUUAACAAUCACCUUCUGUCUGGAAGAUGGACCAAAGAGAUAUACGAUUGGCCGAACCCUGAUUCCCCGCUACUUCCGCAGCAUCUUUGAAGGAGGUGCUACUGAGCUAUAUUAUGUCUUGAAGCACCCUAAGGAGUCCUUCCACAACAACUUUGUCUCACUCGACUGUGACCAGUGUACCAUGGUUACUCAGCAUGGCAAGCCCAUGUUCACCCAGGUGUGUGUGGAGGGCCGUCUCUACCUGGAGUUCAUGUUUGAUGACAUGAUGAGGAUAAAGACGUGGCACUUCAGCAUCCGGCAACACCGAGAGCUCAUUCCCCGCAGCAUCCUUGCUAUGCAUGCACAAGAUCCCCAGAUGCUGGACCAGUUGUCCAAGAACAUCACCCGAUGCGGACUUUCAAACUCCACACUCAACUACCUCCGACUGUGUGUAAUUCUAGAACCAAUGCAGGAACUGAUGUCACGGCACAAGACCUACAGCCUCAGUCCCCGGGACUGUCUCAAAACAUGCCUCUUUCAGAAAUGGCAGCGCAUGGUGGCACCACCUGCUGAGCCUGCACGUCAGCAACCAAGCAAGCGCCGGAAAAGGAAGAUGUCAGGUGGCAGCACCAUGAGCUCUGGUGGUGGCAACACCAACAACAGCAACAGCAAGAAGAAGAGCCCAGCCAGCACCUUCGCCCUCUCCAGUCAGGAUGUGAUGGUGGUGGGCGAACCAACCCUGAUGGGUGGGGAGUUUGGCGAUGAGGACGAGCGUCUUAUCACGCGGUUGGAGAACACGCAGUUCGACGCUGCCAACGGCAUUGAUGAUGAGGACAGCUUCAACAACUCUCCUGCACUGGGCGCCAACAGCCCCUGGAACAGCAAGCCCCCCUCCAGUCAGGAGAGCAAGUCUGAGAAUCCGACGUCGCAAGCAUCACAGUAAAGCCCCUCCACCUGCCAUCCAGCCUGGCCUUUACCUGCCUUGGCUGGUUGUCCCCCCACCCCGCACGGACUGAGUCGAAACCUUUCUACCUGGACAAUUUGUGAAGACGCAUGGGCUGGCUACCUGGCAUGGAGGUAUCAGGCCGAUGGGCACUGCAGCACCCAGCCUGCCCACCUACCUGUUUCCAGUUGUCCUGGCCACUCUUCCCUGCUGUCUGCACUCUUGGCUGUGCCCCUUAGUGGGCAGAACUUGGGGGGCGCUGGGCCAGGUGGCACCUGGGUCUCCCUUUUUUUGUCCCAGCAGAAUUUUAAUUAUUUCUCCCACAUACACAUACAUCCAAACUCCCCAGGUGUCAGUGCUGGGGGAUGGUGGUUUCAAGUUCAUUGUGCAGCCCCUUGGAGCCUCACUUGAGAGGCUCUUUGGAGCAUGAUUGUCAGGGAACACUUCAGGAGAGGAAAGAGGCUGAAUACUUAAGGUCUGUUGGAUGGAAGCCUGAGCACCAGUUUUAUGAGCCUAGUUCCAUCUUCAGCCUCCACGGGGUUCUUUUCUAGCAGGAAAGUAGACAAUAUGUUGACUCGCACUGGGGGCAGCUAGUUUUUGUGGGAUGGGUCUUGAGCAGCCCCUCCUGGCACUGCAAUCACUCCUGCUCUGCCUGAAGAACCCAGAAAGCCAAGGUGGGAGAAGGUGGAGUGUGGGGGGGGGGGCAACACCUCAUGGAAUGUGGGUAGAAAACUACCCUCUCACUGACAUGGAAGGGCACAUGUCACUUCUGGUCUGAUCUGUAGGAAGAGGGUCAACCCUCUGCCUAGUCUGCUCUAACAGUAAACUGCAAUCCUGAUCCCCUCACACUUCCAGUCCUUGGGUUUUUUUAAGAAAAAAAUGUUAAAAUUGUAAGUUUAAAAAAAAAAGAUGACGAUGAAAGAAUCUGUCCUCCCUCCCUAUUUUCCCCAAUCCUGAUUUUUGUACAGGCUUGUCUACCAAUUGGGAGUCUUUGUUUUUAUAUACAGAUCCGAGAGCUUCAAACCAAGGAGAGACUUUGCAGACUUCCUUUAUACAAUCCUCUUGAGGACAGCAUGGCUGCCCCACUUUGCCCCUUCUGUGUAACUUGUGUGUGCUGCUCCCCCUUUUCUCUACCACCCCUUCCUCCUCCCCACCUUUCAGGUUUGUGUACCUCGUGCUUGUAUAUUUCUGCGCUGUAGGCCGUGUGUAUGAUACUGUUCUUUCACUGUGUUCUCACUAAUGCAGCUGAGCCCCCAUCAGUGGUUGGGCAAGGGGAGAAUUCAUCAGAAUGGACAACCUUCUUGGGAGUCAGGAGAGCCCUGAGGCUACUUUCAUCCACUUGGGGCAGUGCAGAAUGCAGGGGAACUGGGCUAAUUGUAGGAAGCUUUUAGGAAAUGUAACAUGGGGAAGGAGAGAGUUCCUGUUUUGUAAAGGAGAGAAGUCAUUUCCCCCAUGAUAGAGCAAGGUAUUUCAAAAAGUGAGCCAGAUCCAUCUUUUUGAAUGAGAAAUGCCAGGGUUCAUCAGGUCCCCAUGGAAUCAUGGCCUAUUCCUAAAAAUACCCACCCUGUGCUCUCCUGUGUUUGGAUGUCACUUACAUUCUUCCACGUUCAUUUCCUGCUCCAAACUUGUUCUGUGUGAUCUGGAGAGAACUCCUUUUGUGUCACUGAAGCCUCAAAGUAUCCAUGUGUAAGGCAGCAUUUUUUCCUCUUUUUGAGAAAAAAGAGAAAAAGGGGUUGAACUGAAUGGCCCUUGUGGUCUCUUCCAACUCUAUGCUUCUGGGAGAGGUACACUGUAAGAUGAGAUACUGUGGCUAUCCUCUGGCAUGGAUUGAUACAGAGUAUGGGUGCAUCUGAGAGACACAGUCUGAACUGUCCUAGAAACCACCCCUUUGCCUUACUCAGGCUAUUUCUUCAAGAUGCUACCUUGCCAUAAGGAAGUUUUCUUUAGCAGGAUUCUUGCUGCCAGUUUGCCCCAAAUCUGCUAUGGUUUUUAGCCAGUUGCUCCAUAGUAGCUUGGCCACUACAAGGGCUUGGGUUUCAUGUGAACCCUGUCCUGGAAUCCAAGAAAUCCUCCUCUUAUGUGAAGGAGCCUAGCUGGAUCAACCUGAAAUCCUUGAAAGGGUGGAGUCGGGGUAUGGGAGGCUAGUUAGUUUUGUGUUACUGGGUCCAGAUGCUCCAUCCUGCACCACUCCCUGGAAGCAGGGAAUUUGACCAUCAAAACUAUAAUUUACAGGAGUUUUUUCUGUAUCCUUUUUGUACCUAAAGAUAUGAGUGUCACGUCUCCCAUUGCUGUGGCUCGGCAUGAACUGGUGACGUGUACUCUCUCCCCACCUUUGCCCUUCCAACCUACCAUCUCCCACGGGGCACUGUAAAGCCUUUUUUUUUUUUUUUUUUUGCAUAGUUUGUGCCAUUUAUGGUCAUGUAUGGUACCAAUAAAACAACUUUUCGGUU